AUGCCUGCGCCGGACUACGACUACCGCCAGAGCUCUGUCGACGACGACCGCCGCAGGGCGCAAGAGGUGUGGGAGCGAGUUGAACGAGGGAAGCGGGAUACCCGGCCAGCAUCGCAGGGCGAGGAAGCGGGGGCGAACGGUGCAGACGGGUCUGCUGAUGGCCAACACGACUCGAAGCAGGACAGCGCGGCGAGGAGCAUCCAGUCUCGCUAUCGGCAUCAUGUCGACCAGCGGACCGCCAACGGCUGCAACAUGAGCUCGUCGAAGCGGUGGAAGGACGGGAUGAAGCAGCGUCAGAUGUCUGAAGCAGGGCACGACCAGGACAAGGGAAAGAACGAUGCCGCCUCGCGCUGGAGACGAGGACAGGUCUACGCCUCGCAAAUCACGGACGGGAAGUCGGCGGCGGGCGCGCAGGGUCAGGAGGGCGAGCUCAGUGCAGAAGAGGAGAUGGAGGCGCUCGGCCGGACGGACAAGGAGAAGAAGAAGAUCCGCAAGGAGCGUGUCGAGGCGAAGCAGCUCGAGGCGCAGUACUGGCUCGAACUGGUCGACCGCAAGCACCGCUACGCCUCGAACCUCAAAUUCUACCACCAGAAAUGGAACGAGACAGACACGGACGACAACUUCUUCCACUGGCUCGACGAAGGCGACGGAAAGGACCUCGACCUUGAGGAGUGUCCGCGGAAACGCCUCGAAUCCGAAUGCAUCACCUACCUCACCGCCGAGCAGCGCGAGAUGUACCGCGUCGAGGUCAAGGACGGCUUGCUCGUCUGGGCCAAAGACGGCCAGCCGCUCGACACCUCCAAGUACCACGAGGAUCGCGGACCGGACAAGGGCGGGAUCGUCGCGAUUUCGGAGGAGGAGUACGAGGAGAACCGGAGGAAGGAGAACGAGAAGAUGAAGAAGCUUGCGGAGGCGGGGCAGGGAGACAUCAGUAGCAGCGACUACGACAGCAGCUCGUCGAGCUCAAGUUCGGACGAGGCGGACGAGGUGCGUGAGGGUGUGCGAGCGUACGGCGACAAGGGCGGAACGGCUGGACACGGCAAGGGCGUCCGUCAAGCGAAAGAGCGAGUCAGAUACUACCUCUCUCCGAAAGCGGUCAUGGAUACCAUGCUCCGCAAGACCGUCAACAAGAACACGUGGCUGUACGUUUCCGACUUGCAGAACAACCUCUACGUCGGGAUCAAGAAGACGGGCUCGUUCCAGCACUCGUCCUUCCUUUACGGCGCUCGCGUCACUUCCGCCGGCCUCAUCAAGGCUUCGAAAGGACACCUGACUUCCCUCUCGCCGCUCUCGGGCCACUACCGCGCCGGCACGAUGCACUUCAAGUCGUUCGUCCGCUCGCUCGAAGACCAGCACGUCGACAUGUUGAAAGUCUCGAUCUCCAAAUCGGUGCUGACGAUCCGCGGCAUCGAGAAGUACGGCAAGUUCACGAAGAAGAAGAAGAACCUCAAGGAGCGGUUCAAGGCGAGCGUGCUGAGGAAGGAGACCGAGUCGGAGAAGCAGAAGGAGGAGGGGCAGAAGGAGAUUGAUCGGAUCCGGAAUGAGGAGAAGGGAGAGGGCGAGCAGGAGCACGAGAAGGAGAUGAAUGAUGGCCGGGAGAAGGCGAGCAAGGAGCGCAAGAAGGAGGACAAGCCGUUGCCGGGCGAGGGGAAGAAGGUCGAGGAGAUGACGGAGGAGGAGCGGACGGAGCGGGGCGUCGCGCUCGUGCAGCGGGCGUUCGAGCGCGGACUCAACCUCGAUUCGAAGGGCGGGACGGGACAGGAGGACGCGGAGUCGAGCUCGUCCAGCUCGUCCAGCUCGAGCAACGACGAGGAAACCUAG